AUGAAAUACCUUGUCCAAUGCCAUAUCCAUAUGCAUGAAGAUCGUGAACUCUUUGCUAAAAUUCUUGCAAUGCAAAAUGAAUCAAGAAAAGAAGAAGGUUGUAUUAGCUAUCUUGUUUGUCAAGAACCAACAAAUACUUCUCAUUACUUAAUUCUUCAAAGAUGGGAAGAUAAAAAGUAUUUUGAAAAUCAUUUAAAUUCUAGUCAUUAUAAGAAAUUUGUUGAAUAUAUUCAUUCAGUUACAAACAAACCAAUUUCUUAUGACUAUUUUAAAAUUAAUUAA